AUGCCGGAGCGGCCCAUCGUGCAGGCCCCAGCCGCAUCCGACAUCGGCAUGCCGGAGCGGCGCAUCGUGCCGGCUCCAGCUGCAUCCGACAUCGGCGUUCUGCCCCUGGACGCCCUGCGCGGGAUCCUAUUGCGCCUCCAGGCAAAGGAGCUCUGCCGCCUCGGCCUGGUCUGCCAGCAGUGGCGGUCCCUCCUUUCCGACCCGUACUUCGCCGCGGCCCACGACACGCGGCAUCAGGCGGUGCUCAUCAUCGCCGGCUACAACGACGACGCGGGGCGCGACGUGCUGGUGGAUAUCAUGGAUGUCUCCGGGCAAAUCGUCAAGAAGGUGCACCGAAUGGAGGGCGACAGAACGGUGAGCGUCGCCCUUGACGGCGUCUGUGUUAGGAAAAUCGACGACAGCUGCAGCAGCUACCGACUGUUCAACCCGAUUCGCCAAGAAUUGUAUUACUUAUCGGACAGAUUACUCGAUCCGGCUACUGGAGCUGUGUAUCGCAUACCAGACAGCUUUGCAGAAGAGCACUCGCUUCGAGCUUGGUCACUGAGCCCAAGUAUCUGUUUGGACAGGUCGCUCGCACAGGGGAAUACAAGAUAUUUCGAAUGCUAUUCCAUUUUUCCAUUGGGAACGGAGGUGAGCAGAUGUUUGAGAUCUGCACACUCAACACCAAUAACAGUAGCAGCUGUGCAGGGUGGAGGAGAGUCGCGCCCCUUGAAGAAGGCAUUCAGAUGA